UCCAGCUUCCGAUGUCGUUUUCCUUACCGUUCAAUUUUCUGUUAUUUGAACAUAUCGAACAAUCAAUGCCUAUUUAGUUUUUUUUUUUUAAUUAAUUAUCUUUUAUAUACAAAAUCCAUGCCUAGCUAUCAAAUACUCUUGCAGGCUAAUCAAAGAUCAUCAUGGGGUUUGUGGGUAGUUUAUUAGGAAUUAUUGGAUUUGGGAUUGGAAUUCCAAUCGGCCUUGUUCUGGGUUUCUUCAUAUUUAUCUACUUCGAGCCUACAGAUGUUAAGGAUCCAAUAAUCAAGCCGUUUAAUGUUUUGGAUGCAAGUUAUCUGCUUGAUCUUUUGUCUGAGAUACCUCCGUGGGUUAAGCAACCGGAUUACGACCAGAUUGACUGGCUGAACAAGAUUAUGUCCGAUAUGUGGCCUUACCUUGAUAAGGCAAUAUGUGGUAUCAUAAGGAGUACUGCAAAUCCGAUAUUCGCUGAGUAUAUUGGCAAGUAUCAGAUAAAAUCAAUAGAUUUUAAGAGCCUAAGUCUUGGAAUUCUACCUCCUACAGUUAAUGGUAUCAAAGUGCAUGAAACUAACGAGAAGGAACUAGUAUUCGAGACUGCGCUUAGAUGGGCUGGAAAUCCAAACAUAACUCUGGAGUUGAAAUUAUUCCAUAAACCAAUCACAGUACAGCUGUUGGAUGUACAGAUAUUUGCUUCACCACGGAUAGUUCUGAAACCUCUCGUGCCAACAUUUCCUUGUUUUGCCAGUAUAGCAGUGUCCUUGAUGGAGAAGCCCCAUGUAGACUUUGGACUGAAGUUGUUAGGCCUUGAUAUCAUGGCGAUACCGGGAUUUUAUGGAUUUGUUCAGGAAAGGAUAAGAAAAAAAGUUGCUAAUCUCUAUCACUGGCCUCGAACUCUUGAAAUACCGAUUCUUGAUGGUUCGGUAGGGGCUAUGAAGAAGCCUGUAGGAAUAUUACAUGUGAAGGUUAUACGAGCGCACAAACUCUUGAAGAUGGACUUUCUUGGAACCUCUGAUCCGUAUGUUAAACUCUGCUUGAGUGGCGAAAGACUUCCCUCGAAAAAAACUUCUAUUAAGAUGAAGAACCUAAACCCUGAGUGGAAUGAGGAUUUCAAACUUACUGUCAAGGAUCCUCAGUCACAAGUCCUCCAAUUACAUGUCUAUGAUUGGGAAAAGGUUGGGACGCACGAUAAGUUGGGAAUGCAAGUAGUUCCGCUGAGUUUACUUGAACCGCAAGAAACUAAACAAUUUACUCUCGAUCUGGUGAAGAACACAAACCCAAGUGAUCCUCAAAACAAGAAGAAUAGAGGGAAACUUGUGGUUGAAAUGAAAUUUAAUCCUUUCAAAGAAGAUAGGGAACUAUUCACUGGACCUUUAGAAAGAUUUUCAGGGAAGGAAAGCAAGGCAUGUGAAGAAACAUCGUUGUACGGAGGUGGUUUACUUAUGGUCAUAGUUCGAGGAGCAGAGGACGUUGAGGGGAAGCGCCAUAACAACCCCUACGCUUUGAUCAUAUUUAGAGGAGAAGAGAAGAAAACCAAGAUGAUCAAGAAAACCAGAGAUCCGUGUUGGAAUGAAGAAUUUCAAUUUGUGCUAGAAGAGUCGCCUCUUGAUGAGAAGAUUCAUAUAGAAGUCAUGAGCAAGCGGACCGGCUUUGGUUUUAGACAAAAGGAAUCUUUGGGGCAUGUGGAUAUAAAUCUUGCGGAUGUGGUAUACAAUGGACGAAUGAAUGAAAAACGUUAUCUAAUCAACUCGAAAAAUGGGGUUUUACAUGUCGAUAUACGUUGGAAGAUGACCUAACAAGUACUAAGAGCAAUAUCUUUGUGAUCAGGUGUUAGGCUUUGCCCAACUUAGCAUGUCGUCAAGUGAAAAACUUCAGUGUGCACGGGUUUUUACGAUUCGAGUUUAGGCUUAUAUCAGAUGUCGUGAUUCUCGGUUACCAAAAAAAAAAGAGUGUAGAGUAAAUUUGAUGAUGGGUUUGUAUAGGAAUAUCCAUUUUCAUUGUAAAGGAAAGCAGAAACUUUAUACGAAAAGGGAAAAUGAAUUUGAUU